GUGCAUACUCUGUCUAGGAUAUAGAGAUUUUUUUUCUGUAUAAUUUUCUGUAAGUCAAAAUGAAUUGAAUUGUGUAUGAUUGAGAAAGAAAGUCAAGCACAUAAGCGCAGUACUUUAACAUAUUAACACAGAAUAGCUCUGCCUUUCCUGCCGUGGAGUCUCAAUCUGCAGAGAUCAUGACCUUCAUUCAGUGUGGCCUGCUGAUAAAACAGAUGGGACACGUUUGUGAAUAUGCACACUUUUGUUUUGUGGACAUACGGCAUUAGGCACGCAGCCUACUUCUGCACAGGAGGGAGCCAAUUUUGGGGCCGCACGACUUGACCCUGCUGGUGUGUUCGUGCUCGACAUGCGCGCAUGUGUGUUCAUAUCUUUACCACAAAAAUGACACAUUUACUCAAUCGACUGAUGCUCAUGUUCGGAGCAGCUUAACAAAAUUCUGCCCUUGGACGUUUUGCUUUGGAUGACAUGCUGUCAGAUGCCUUAUAUGGGCAUACAUGAUGUUCAUUGAGCUAUAUGGUUACCCGUUUUGGACUUUUUUGCCUUUGUUUGAAGGCAGACUUUCAGAUUUGUGAAUCAAAGUGUGUAUUCUUGGAUGCAGCUUUCAUCACCUGCUGGAAAGGAGAUUUAAAGCAAAGUGUUCCAUGUUCCUCGGCCAAAUUCUGCUGCGAUGCAUGACUGUAAAUACGAGUUUCUAUCUUAGAUUGGUCUUACAUGGUUUGACUUUGAAUGUAGUUAAUCUUGCGUGUGAUUUGGUUCAGCUCCAAAGGAGUCAUACUUGUUCUUCCACAAGGAUAUAUUCUUCUUCUUCCGCUGGUCUCAUUCCCACUUCACAUUAUCAUGUCACAUUUUCAUUACUCUCUCUAAUCCUCAGUCUGACUUUUUCUCCCACUGCCCUUUCCAGCUCCCCUCUUCACCUCUUUUGUACUCCCCUCAUCACUUUUCCUAUCUGCCUUUCUUGCUUUCUCUCCCAAGCUGCAGCUUCAUCAUGUCGUAGAGACCCCUGAGAUUAACGCGGGAUUAGGCACGGAUGGGGUUUUAAUGGUUAUGUAAAAAUCCAGCUCUAAAUCCAGAAUGAUUUGCUGGGAUUAGAUCCAUUUGUGUGUUUUGCGGGCGAGGGGGGAGGAGCCAGGAGAGGAGGUGGGUGGAGGAACGAUCACAGCGAACCAAUCCGAGCAUGUUGUUCUACGAGUGCACCCUGCUGAGGUGGAAAGUCGAACGGAUAAAGAAAGAAACGAUGGAAAAUAGAUAGGCGGACAGAAGCAGGGAAACUGGAAUUUGGUGACAAUUUCACGUAGAAGAAAGCUGUUACUGUGACGGAAGGAAUGUAAGAGGAAGAGCAAAUUUGGCCAGCGAAGUGUUGGCUGCUUCGUCUCCCUUCUGAUGGCAUUGUUGGACGCCUGCCUCGCAGCUCAGACAGUUUGUGGAGUGAGCUCCACCAGAUGUCUGAUGAGGAUAUUAAGUCAGUAAAUACAGACUGUUGCGUCAAAUCGGAGACAAGUGGGCUUUUUUUUUUUUCUCUCUGCUGUCCUUUUUUUUUUGGGUUGAGUUUUAGAAACUUUUUCCUUGAGAAUCCUGGAAUCUUCUAACAAAAGACAACAAGUUGAAGUUCUUUUGUGCUGCAUCUGGUUAAUGAAAAUGAGAACCUCCUGGAUGAUCAUAGCUUUGUGUCUUUGACUGAGAAAAAGCACCUCAGACCCGCGUGGCGUUUGAUCCUCCCUGGUGUCUCCGUCUAUGACCUUAUUGCUCGUGCCAAAGCAGCCGCCACGAUGAUGUUCUGCACCACCUUCCUCUCCGCUCCCUCUGAGGAAAUAAACUGCGAGGGCAGCGCAGGAGGGGGAGUAGGAGCAGCAGCUUCUGGAGGUGGAGGUUUGAGCCCGGGGAGCUGUCUGUCUUCUUUACACUGCCUGGUUCUCCCGCAGGACGAACUGUACCCGUCCCUGUCUGACCCCACCGCCCGCCUCUCCAUCUGUCCCAAAGAUCAGGCUCACGACCUGGUGGGCAAAAUGCUCCUGGAUGUGAGCAUGAGCACCUGCAGGGAGAGUGACAGUGGAUGUAUUUGGGACAGGGUGAGGAGGAGACGCAGCCGGUCUGCCUCCCCUUCCCCAAGUAAAAGUCGGAAAAGUCCCUGUAGUGAGAGUGUUAAAGGCCCGACGUUGCCCAUGGCCACAGUCGACAUCAAAAACCCAGAGAUGCAGCGUUACCAUAACAACUCUCAGGUGAACAACAUUGUGCACUCCUCCUUCCCCAAAAGGGAGAAAAAGGCUAAAGGGAAGAAGAAGAAGCUGACCAAGGCAGACAUCGGCACGCCCAGCAACUUCCAGCACAUUGGACAUGUAGGCUGGGAUCCAAACACAGGCUUUGAUUUGAACAAUUUGGACCCAGAGCUGAAGAACUUGUUCGACAUGUGCGGCAUCUCUGAGGCUCAGCUGAAGGACAAAGAGACCUCCAAGGUCAUCUACGACUUCAUUGAGAAGAAAGGAGGUGUAGAAGCUGUCAAAAAUGAGCUCCGGAGACAAGCUCCUCCACCCCCUCCAUCCAGAGGCGGCCCUCCUCCCCCACCACCACACCACGGCUCAGCCCCACCUCCUCCUCCUCCUCCUCCAGCCCGGGGGAGAGGCGCCCCUCCACCUCCGCCACCCUCAAGAGCGCCCAUCUCGGCGCCCCCUCCUCCCCCUCCGUCCCGACCCGGCAUGUCGGCUCCGCCGCCUCCCCCGCCCAGCCGCGGCUCCCUCCCGCCUCCCCCUCCGCCGGCACAUGCUUCGAUUCCUGCGGCGCCUCCCCCUCCGCCGCCUCCCCCCUCAUUUUCGAUGUCAUCCGGUGGAGGUGCCCCGCCUCCUCCCCCUCCUCCGCCACCGCCUCCUGGCCCUCCACCUCCGGCUCCUCCAACAGAGUCUAACGGAGGAGAGAGUGGCGGGCCCGGGAAGAAUGCGCUGCUAAGCCAGAUCAGAGAGGGUACCCAACUGAAGAAGGUGGAGCAGAAGGAGAGGCCGGUGUCCAGCAUUGGCAGAGACGCACUUCUGGACCAAAUCCGACUAGGAAUCCAACUGAAACCUAGGGGUGAAAACCCAGACUCAGCCCCUGCCACCCCUGCCCCAUCGGCAGGCAUCGUUGGCGCUCUGAUGGAGGUGAUGCAGAAAAGGAGCAAGGCUAUUCACUCCUCAGACGAGGAUGAUGAGGAUGAUGAGGAUGAAGACUUUGAGGACGAUGAUGAAUGGGAGGACUAGCUAUAUUUCCUAGCUCCCUUACCUCAACCCCCGGGAUGAUCAUGACACUAAAACCGUUCAUGUCUUUUUAAAAAAGAAAUCUUUAAUUUCACUCGUAGAAAUGUAAAUGUUCUAUCAAGUUGCUGUAUAUUUUUGUUGCCUUUAUGCUUUUUUUUUUUUUUUUUUAUUAUUAAUCUGUGCAAUACCUCAUUUAAUCUGUAAAUGUUUGUCAUUCUCAUAUCUUAGGUUGUUGUUUCUCAGUCCUCGUCAUGUCUGUCUCCGUCAGCUCCAUCUUCUGUCUCUUUAUAGCAAUAUUUCACAUAUCUGGUUUAAACUUUUGUUGGGAUUUAUCCAUCUCUCUAUGCAUCUCUUCCUCCUCCCACGUCCCCCAAACUUUUUCACCUCCAUCUGUCACUCGGACAUCGUUCCUAUAUGUGCCGCCUCCUAUCAGCCCAUCACACAUUUUUCCCUCGCUGUCACUCUCCCAUGUUCCCACUUCCAAGAUUAACAUGUGCAAUUUAACAUCAAGCUGUUUCUUAAACCGUAGAGUUGAAUGUUUUCUUAUUUUCUUUUGGUCAGUCGUCGAAGGAGAAGGCUUACUAAAUAAGUUGCCAUGAAUCCUUCAUCAAUCAUGUGUCAUCAUUGUUUGUCAGGAGAAGAAAAAGAACUAUUUUCAUACCCUAUUGCUCUGUAGUUUAUUUUUACGUAUUAAAUGAUCCUAGCUUAGAACUCAUAUUUUCUUAAAACAAAGAGAAAAAAAAAUGGAAAAGGCUCUUUUUGGAAAUGUUAGCUUCAUUUGCUGUCGACUGUAAAUUAGCUCCAGAUUUUGAGUCUUGUUAUAUUUUUGCACAGAAAGAGGAGACUCGCUGCAUGGAUACAGGACAUUUUGGGGUCUGUAUUAUAAUGACAUAUACAUUUUACGCUUUAAAUAAGGAGAAAAACACUUGGUUAGUCAGCAUAUUAAGCCGCUUUAUCCUUUAAUCCAUAACACUACGUACAGUACACACAUGGAGGUAGCCCACUGAUGGCUAUCUGUUUGGCAUUUUAGUUCUUUAUUUAGUCACUGUCACACUACAGAUUCAGUUGAAAAUUGUAUUUUUCCUUUUCUGUCUUUCUUUUUUUUUUCUACAGUAGCAAACAUUAAUGAAUGCCUGUUUGUUGGAACCAGGUCAUUGAUCAUGUAAAGCUUAAGGAAUAAAGAUAUUUUAGUUUUACCCA